AUGACAAUUUUGAAAAAGUUCGAGUCGAGUUCGGCACGAGUGAAAGGGAUUUCAUUCCAUCCGACUCGGCCAUGGGUUUUGGCAUCACUGCAUAGUGGUAUCAUUCAGUUAUGGGAUUAUCGAAUGUGUGUUAUGUUGGAUAAGUUUGACGAGCAUGAUGGUCCUGUACGUGGUAUUGCAUUUCAUAGUCAGCAACCGAUUUUCGUAUCUGGCGGUGAUGAUUACAAAAUUAAGGUUUGGAAUUACAAGCAGCGUCGUUGUAUAUUCACUUUACUCGGUCAUCUUGACUAUAUCCGUACCACAUUUUUUCACAGCAACUAUCCAUGGAUUAUUAGUGCAUCGGAUGAUCAAACAGUACGAAUUUGGAAUUGGCAAAGUCGUCACAGUAUUGCCAUUUUGACUGGUCAUAACCAUUAUGUGAUGUGUGCGCAGUUUCAUCCAACGGAGGAUCUAGUGGCAUCGGCUUCUCUAGACCAAACUGUUCGAAUUUGGGACAUAUCUGGAUUGCGAAAAAAGAAUGUUUCACCAGGAAGUGGUAAUGACAUAUCACGUGUACGUUCAAUGAGUGGCGUAGCUAGUGGCGAUUUGUUUGGACAACCCGAUGUCGUGGUCAAACAUGUUUUGGAAGGGCAUGACAGAGGAGUUAAUUGGGUUUCGUUCCAUCCAACUAUGCCACUUUUGGUAUCCGGUGCAGACGAUCGUCAAGUAAAAUUAUGGCGUUAUAAUGAAAGCAAAGCUUGGGAGGUGGAUUCAUGCCGAGGGCAUUACAAUAACGUAUCAUCAGUACUGUUCCAUGCAAAAGCAGAAUUGAUAUUGAGUAAUUCCGAAGACAAAAGUAUUCGUGUUUGGGACAUGCAAAAACGCACAUGCUUACAUACGUUUAGGCAUGAUAACGAUCGAUUUUGGGUUUUGGCUGCCCAUCCAACACUGAAUAUGUUCGCAGCAGGUCAUGAUAGUGGAAUGAUGGUGUUCAAAAUUGAACGUGAACGUCCAGCAUAUUCUGUACAUGAAAAUUUAGUGUUUUAUGUAAAGGAUCGUCAGCUGAGACGUUUGGAUUUAACGAAUAAUAAAGAUGUAGCAUUAGUUCAACUUCGUGGCAGUAAACUUAUGCAACCGUAUUAUUCAUUGCAUUACAAUCCGGCUGAAAAUUCAUUCCUUUUGAUUACACGCUCGCCUAUGCUUGAAUAUUGUACAUACGAUAUGUAUAAGGUAUCAAAAGAUGCAUCCGAUAGUAGUGGUGAGGCUUCGGAAGGUAAGCGUUCUCCGGGUGUGGCUGCGAUCUGGGUAGCACGCAAUCGUUUUGCUGUCCUGGACAAAAAUCAGCAAAUUACAAUCAGAGAUUUGUCAAAUCGUGAAAAUCGAAAGAUUGAACAGAGCGUUCCAAUUGAUGAUAUUUUCUAUGCUGGAACUGGACUUUUGCUUCUGAAAAAUAGCGAAGGUAUUCAGCUAUUUGAUAUCCAACAAAAGCGCACUCUGGCUUCAGCAAAGGUUCCUAAGGUGAAAUAUGUGAUUUGGUCGAAGAAUUUGGAAUAUGCAGCUUUACUUAGCAAGCAUACUUUAACUUUGGUGUCACGUAAAUUACAAAUUUUAUGCACAGUGCAAGAGUCAACUCGUUUAAAAAGCGGUGCUUGGGAAGAAGAAGGUGUUUUCCUCUACACUACCAGUAAUCAUAUCAAAUAUGCAUUAGUAGUAGGUGAUCACGGCAUAAUUAGAACGUUGGAUGUACCGGUAUAUGUGCUUGCAGUUCGUGGUGAAAAUUUGUAUUGCUUGAAUCGCGAAGCUGCACCAGUCGAAGUACCUAUUGAUCCAACAGAGUACCGAUUUAAAUUAGCGUUGAUAAAUCGUCGUUAUGAUGAGGUAUUAAAUAUGGUGCGCUCGGCAAAUCUAGUUGGUCAGUCAAUUAUAGCAUAUUUGCAGAAGAAAGGUUAUCCGGAAGUUGCCCUACAUUUUGUGAAAGAUGAAAAAACUCGAUUUGGCUUAGCGCUUGAAUGUGGUAAUCUUGAGGUUGCUCUUGAAUCAGCUAAAGUACUCGAUGAUAAGGCAGUUUGGCAGGCUCUUGCUGAAGCUGCCUUAAUACAGGGUAAUCAUCAGAUUGUCGAAAUGGCAUAUCAGCGCACAAAAGAUUUCGAAAAACUUUCAUUUCUGUACUUAAUCACUGGUAAUAUGGAGAAACUGCAAAAAAUGAUGAAAAUUGCGCAAAUUCGCAAAGAUAUAAGUGGACAUUAUCAAACCGCACUUCUUCUUGGUGAUGUUGGCGAGCGUAUUAAAAUUUUGAAAGAUGUUGGACAGAUUUCUUUGGCAUAUCUGACUGCGGCAACACAUGGAUUCAGCGAAGAAGCUAAACAGUUGGAAGAGGAACUUUUAGCAAGAGGACAAAACUUACCACCAGUUGAUCCGAAUGCUCGCUUGUUGAUUCCACCACCACCAAUCAAGCAGAUGGAGGAUAACUGGCCGUUGCUGACGAUGCUACGUGGUCCGUUUGAUGCACAUCUUAUCACAGGAAAUCUAGCAAGUGUUGGUGAUAAAGCAUCUCGAGCAGCUGCUGCAUUUGCACACGCCAAUGAUGACGUUGAUUUGGCUGGUGAUGCUUGGGGCAGUGAUGACAUAAUGUUGGAUGAGGAAGGUAAUCCGGAUAUCGAUGAAGAUGAAAUGCACAGCGUUGCAAGUGAGAAAGACGAUAAAGAAAGUGGCUGGGAUGUAGAUGAUGAUCUAGCUCUCCCGGCCGAUGUUGACAUAAAAUCUGGAGGAGGUAAUGACAAUUUUUAUACGGCACCAUCACGUGGACAGCCACCGUCAGUUUAUUGGCCAAACAAUUCCAGGUUGGUUGCAGAUCACGUUGCGUCAGGUGCUUUUGAUAGUGCUGCACGGUUGUUACGUGAUCAGCUUGGUAUUACCCACAUUGAACCGUUCAAACAACUUUUUUUAACGGCUUAUGCAAGAUCACGCGCCACAUAUGAAGGUCUACCAAGUGCUGGUCCAAACUUUGUUUAUCGGUUGCGUAACUGGCAAGAUGGUGGUGGUCGAAGUGGAUUACCAGCUGUUAACUUACAACUUAGCGAUUUAGCUACACGUCUUCAAACGUGCUAUCAUCUUACAACCAGUGGUAAAUUCAGUGAAGCUGUUGAGAAGUUACGUCAGCUAUUGCUCUCUGUUCCGUUACUGGUUGUGGAUUCAAAGCAAGAAAUGGCAGAAGCUCAGCAACUAGUUGAUAUUUGCCGUGAAUAUUUGGUGGGUUUAUUGAUGGAAAUCGCACGAAAAGAUUUACCAAAAGUAGUUGAAAAUGCAAAACGAAAUGCUGAAAUGGCUGCAUAUUUUACACACUGUCAACUUCAGCCGGUACAUCAAAUAUUAACGCUUCGAACAGCGGUGAAUUUAUUUUUUAAGCUGAAGCAAAUGAAAACUUGUGCAUCCUUCUGUAAACGUUUGUUGGAAUUAGGACCGAAAGCAGAAGUUGCUGCACAAAUACGGAAGGUAUUGGCAGUUGCUGAAAAAGAACCAAAUGACACGCAUGAGCUACAAUACGACGAACACAAUCCAUUUGUUGUUUGCUCGAGAAAAUUCAAACCUUUGUAUCGUGGAAAGCCUCAGGUAAAAUGUCCGUUCUGUGGUGCAUCAUACUCACCUGAUAUUACUGGUGAUAUAUGUGAUGUUUGUCAAGUAGCUGAAGUAGGUCGUGAUGCAACUGGUUUGAAAAUUUGCACUAUUCAAAGUGGCCGAUAA